AUGAAAGUUUCAACAGCCAAUGUCGCCGCCGUGGUGAUGGCGGUGAGAGCAGUCGUCAGCUACCCCGGCAUCAAAGACACCAUCGGCCAAAUCAGUAGCCAAGCUGCCGCGUCGCCCUCUUCAGAGCCAGAGCUCAUCGGGGACCUCGUGCACCUCUCCGAGCACAGCCUCACGCCGACCGGCCGCGCCAUCAAGCACAUCCUCCUCGGCCAGCUCAGCCCGCAGAGCCUCGUGUCCACCUACGACGCUGUCCCCAUGAAAGACUCCCCUGCCUGCGCCGCCGACACGUGCUGUAUAUGGAAGCACAUUGCCGACGAACUGAGUGCCGCCAUGGUCGGCACCGCGAGUCGUUGCAACAAGCUCGCGCGCGGCGCCGUUCGGCUCGGGUUCCACGACGCCGGCGGAUGGUCGCGCAAAACAGGAUUGGGCGGCGGCGCUGACGGCUCGAUCCUCCUGGCCAAGGAGUGCGAGGAGCGCCGCGAGAACGGCGGACUCGAGGUCAUUUGCGCACAGAUGCGCGUUUGGUGGGCCAAGUACAAGUCCUACGGCAUCAGUCUGGCCGACCUCAUCCAAAUGGGUGCCACCGUCGGCACCGUCGUCUGUCCGCAAGGGCCCCGGAUCCGAUCCUUUGUCGGCCGCCAAGACAAUGCGACGCCAGCACCUCAUGGCAAUCUCCCCUCGGCGUUUGCGUCCGCCGACAGUCUCCUUCGCAUGUUUGCCGACAAGACGAUUUCCGCGCAAGACCUCGUGGCGCUCCUCGGCGCGCACACGGCCAGCCAGCAGACCACCAUCGACCGCAACAGGACCGGCGCGCCACAGGACACGACCCCCGGCGUCUGGGACACGGUGUACUUUCGGGAAACAAUAGCCGAAAGGUGCCCGCAGCAGAUUGUGCGUUUUGUCAGCGACAGGAAUCUCGCGACGGAUCCACGCACGAAUGCGUACUUUGGCAUGUACGCGGGGAAGCUCACAGGACAGAUGCGGUGGAACGAGGACUAUGCGCGCGCGUACGUGCGGCUGUCGCUGCUCGGCGUGUACAAUAUCAAUGAUCUGACUGAGUGCACAAAGGUUCUGCCGGGUUUUACAGGGUGGAGAUUUGAAAACCCGGACGAGGAGCAGAUGGUGAGAUAUGCCAACGGUGAGCUGGGGGGGAAUGCAGACGCAGCACUAGAGGCGGGGGAUUUGAUACCAGGAUAA